AUGGCAUUCCAAGAUUUCGAUCUCUUGUCAGAGCGGCGACAGGCUGAGAGGAAGCAAAAGAUGAGGAAACGGGUUGCCAUCGCCGUGGUCUCGUCCCUCGCCAUCGCCGGGGUCGUAGCCGGCGUCAUCAUUGCUGUGGUGCAGAGGUCGGGCGGCAGCAGCAGCGCCGCCAACGCGACCCAGGCUGAACCGACCAGUCAGAUUUCCCACUCCCAGAAGAUGAUAAAGAUGAUUUGCUCCUCCACGGAUUACCGGGACACUUGCAAGAGCACCUUCGACAAGGCGGUGAAGUCUGAGAAGAACCUCACCCAACCCAAGGACCUCCUCAAGGUGGCGAUCGGGGCCACCUUUGACGAGGUCAAGGAGGCCUUCGACAAGACGAAGAAGUUCAAAUUCAAUAGCCCGCAAGAGAAGGCCGCGUUUGAGGAUUGCAAGCAGCUGCUGGAGGACGCUGUGGAAGAGCUGCACUCCUCCGUGAGCAACCUGGGCGACAGUAUUGGAAAGUUCUCCUCCAAGACCCCAGAUUUGAACAACUGGUUGAGCGCUGCGAUUUCCUACCAGCACUCGUGUGUCGACGGGUUCCCUGAUGGGAAACUUAAGACCGAAAUGCAGAAAACGUUGAAGAUUGCCAAGCAACUCACCAGCAACUCCCUUGCCAUCAUCUCGGAGGUGUCGUCGUUUCUUACCACGUUCCAAAUUCCAGGAGCUACCCGACACCUGCUCGAGAAGGAGGCAUCGGGCCUGCCAGCUGUGGGUGAGGACGGGCUUCCUAGCUGGAUGAAUCAAGAGGAGAGGAGGAUUUUGAAGGGAAAGCGCGGCGUAAAAUUGACUCCGAACGUUGUCGUGGCAAAAGAUGGCAGCGGGAAAUUCAAGACUAUCUCUGAGGCAUUGGCGGCGAUGCCAGAGAAAUACACCGGAAGGUACGUCAUCUACAUCAAAGCAGGAAUUUAUGACGAGUACAUUACCGUGACCAAGAAGAUGGUUAACGUGACCAUGUAUGGAGAUGGGUCGCAGAAGACGAUCGUUACCGGGAACAAAAAUUUUGUAGAUGGAGUUAGGACUUUCCAGACCGCGAGUUUCGCUGCUCUAGGAGACGGCUUUAUGGCCCAGGCCAUGGGGUUCAGGAACACAGCGGGCCCAGAGAAGCACCAGGCCGUGGCCAUCCGAGUCCAGUCGGACCGCGCAAUCUUCCUCAACUGUAGGUUCGAGGGGUACCAGGACACCCUGUACGUACAGACCCACCGACAGUUCUACCGCAGCUGCGUGAUUGCUGGCACGGUCGACUUCAUCUUCGGCGAUGCCACGGCCAUCUUACAGAACUGCCUGAUCGUCGUUCGCAAGCCCCUAGACAAUCAGCAGAACAUUGUCACAGCGCAAGGGAGGGUCGACGGGCACGAAACCACGGGGAUUGUCCUCCAGAACUGCCGCAUCACAGCCGAUAAGAAGCUCAUCCCCGUCAAGUCCAAGUUCCAGACCUACCUGGGCCGGCCCUGGAAGGAGUUCUCGAGGACCAUCAUCAUGGAGUCGUCAAUCGAGGACUUCAUUGAUCCGGCAGGCUUUAUGCCAUGGGAGGGUGAUUUCGCGCUCAAGACCCUGUACUAUGCGGAGUUUAACAACAAGGGGCCCGGUGCGAACAUCAACGCCCGAGUGAAGUGGCCCGGUUACAAGAAGAUCAAUAAGCAGGAAGCAGCCAAGUUCACCGUUGGGACUUUUCUGGAUGGGGAUUGGAUCAAGGGAGCUGGUGUCCCUGUUCACUUCGGCCUGUAUAACUAA